UUCAAACUCUGAUGCGUAAUAUUCAAUAGUUAUUUAAUACAAGCCUACUUGCUGAAGACUCUUAACUGCCUUCAUUAUCUAUACUGUAAGGAAACUAGAGGCACCAAAUAAAAGUAUUAGACUGUUGGAGCAGACUUUCUGAAGAACUAACAGUUGGAUAGUUUUAAUAAGUACAUCAUACUUUCUUUAAAAAAUGGCACAAAAUUUGGUUACAAAGCUGUACAGAAUCUCUGUAAUUGGUGCGGCCAGAAACAAACCUUAUGUCGUGCCUUCCGUGAAAGCUGUUACCUAUUCGACCUCAACUCAGCAAGAUUCAGGAGCAGUCAAAAACUCUGAUGCUGUAAAAUCUGUCUUCAUAUCCCAAUCAAAUGAUAUUUUCACAAAUCUAGCUCUCGAGGACUGGUUGUACAAGAACUUUAAUUUUAUAAACCACCAUAUCUUACUUUUGUGGCGAAAUUCACCAGCUGUAGUAAUUGGCCGUCAUCAGAACCCUUGGUUAGAGGUAAACACAUCUGUUCUGUCAGAACAUGGCAUUGAAAUAGCACGAAGGAACAGCGGUGGUGGGACUGUGUAUCAUGAUAAUGGGAACCUGAAUCUUACAUUCUUUACACCACGAGAGCACUACAAUCGCAAAAAUAACCUGCAGCUUAUAAACAGAGCCUUAAUAAGAGAAUGGGGUCUGAAAACUGAAAUUUCACCAAGAGAAGAUAUUGUCAUCAGUGGAGGUUACAAACAGAUUUCAGGAACAGCUGCCAAAUUGGGACGACCAAAUGCAUAUCAUCACUGCACUCUGCUGGUCAGUGUUGACAAGGAGAAAUUGAAGCAUGCUCUACAUAAGCAUCAUAAGGGCAUUAAAACAAAUGCUACUCAGAGCAUUCCAUCUCCUGUCAUGAAUCUGUGUGACGUGAAUAGUCACGUGACGGUUGAGAAACUGUUGAGCACCAUUGGAUGGGAAUAUCUUCGCACUUGUCCAUACACUGCAGAGGACAGGGGGAAGGACUUCAUUAUGAAACAAAGGGGAUUCCAGUUUAUUAAUCCCACAGAUCAGUGGUUCCCUGGUCUGGACAAACUGCGUGCUGAAUUAACAAGUUGGGAUUGGCGCUUUGGAAAGUCACCAAAAUUCAAUGUGACUCGUACUUUCCAAGUUCCACAAGAACUUCUUGGAAAGGAAGAGUUAAGGAAUGAAGAGCUUAGCAUUACCAUAGAUGUGAAUAAGGGAAUGGUUGAGGAUGUGAUGUUGAUGGUUCCUCCCGGACUCAAGGCUGCAAAUGGUUUUUCUGGACAAGCUCAAGUCGUGACAUCUUUGAAAGGCCAGCGAUUCUCCGAAGAGGCAGUAACCAUUCUACAAAAGGCACUUAGUGAAUUGGAAUCACCAGAACAAACAAGGAAUGAAUUCGUCGUGGACUGCGUGAGGCAAGUCGUGAAAUCCGUCUGACACGCACAAUUCACACCAAUCAAUUGAUACUAUUGGUGGAUCAGUAAACAUUAUUUGUUUAUAUUUUAACAUUUUGGGUUUCAGUAAAAAGAAAGGAACUGUGCUUAUUAAAAUUAUUCCAAUAUUGCACGUGCAUGUCGUAAUCUAUUGAGUUAUAUAACGAUGUGAUGAUGCAGUUGUAUUGUGGGUAUUAUUUUUAUUGCGUGUUGUUUCCAGUUCUCCAUUUUUAUUUUUUAUGUCGAUUCCUUGUGUUUAUUUUCUUUUUAGGCAUACAUUUGUUUAUAAGUUUAAAAACUUUUAGUAAGAUUAAUACCUAAACCCGGUGAAUGUAUCUAAUUGAAACCUGUUUGCUUCAGGUAAAGGUGCUGUGUAUUACACUGCUUUCAUACUAAGUCUGGUACAUGUAAGUCUAUGCUAAACAAUGUCAGUGGUGCUGUUUUUUAACUCUUUCCAUACUACAAAUUAUAUUUUUCAUUUAGAGAGACAUCUGCAUUUUAUAUAAAAGGGAUAGUGCAUGCCAUAGUGACAUUUGUUUCUGUGGAAGAAAAGAAUUUAUUUUAACUGCGACUAUAAGUAAAUGACAUUCAGCAACAAAUAUUUGGUCUGAGUUACCGUGGAUACUGUCUAUGUAAAUAAAAGAAGACGGUUUUGAUAAAUUAAACUCGGCGUGGAAAGGGUUAAUUCUGACACUGUUAUAAAAUGUGCUGCAUAUAAAUAGUGCUUGAAGAUUGCUUUACUUGAUUUGUAAAUAUCAACAGACAUUUUUAACUAAAGUUGUUUGCUGCUGUUUAUUUUUUUUUCUGUGUUAAAUUUUUAAAGUAGUGAAAUUGUAAUUUUGUUGGUUGUUGAACACAAUAUGUUUUUUGUUUCAGUAUAUUAUUGUUUAUAUACUUGUUGUGGACAUCAGUGUACUUCUAAUUUCUUGAUGUACUAAACUUUUCCCUUCAUGUGACCUGAUUAAGUUGAUGAGCUGGAUUCGCAAGUACCGGUGUGAUAUAGCAAAAUAUUUAUGUAACAGUACGCGGUGGUGUUGCUGUCAGGAAUAGAUAAUUUUCAUACAUUUUUAUAUUGGAAAUUCUUUCAUAGCCUUUUGCAAAGUAUUUAAUUAAAUCUGUGAAAUUAAACUAAAAAACAAAUUUUUGCCCUUUUUAACAAACAGUUAGUUAACAUGAAAUUACUUCAUAAAAUCUGUCAGUAACAAUUGCGAUUUUUCCUGAGAUGUUCAAACUGUUGAAUUUCCUUUUCCCUAAAACAAAAGAAUAGAUACAUAGAGAGCAGUCAAACUUUGUGAAAUGUUACUGCAUUAUUGACACAUUGAAAUUAAUGAAAAUUAUUUUUUCGUAGUCCAGUAUUUAUCAAUACUUGUAUUUGAGCCACACAGCCACCAUCAAUUAUAAUUUUAUACAAUUUUCUACCCAGGUCAUGAAAACUAGCAAUGGCUGGGGGUUUGUCGUGCUGACCACACGUCACCCUGUAUCUGGUUGGAUGAUCGUUCACCUCUGCUUACGCAUGUGAACGUGAGGCCAGCAGUCAAGCUAGUCGGCUUUGGCUCUCAGAGGGCUAAUACGCCACGGAUACUAUUUUCUACCACAAAAUUAUUAUUUAAAUUAACGUAAUAGAUUUAAUUAAUCUUAACUCGGGUUUUGUUUUAAAAUCUUACUGAAAUUUGGUCUUCUGUUCAAUUUUCUGUUCGCUUCUUGUAGAUUUACAAGUAUAUUACCUGUCGGCUUGGUUAUCGAUUUUAUCUUGUUAAACUGUAUAUGCAUGUUUAUUUUAUUGUGCAGAAUUUGUUUAGUUUUAUAGUUGUAUCAGCUAUUAACCAGAAUGCAUCAUAUCAAUAACUGUUUGAUUUAAUACACCGAGCACUAAGUGUCUUAAGGUGUAUAUUUCAUUUGUUUAUUUUUUCCUAAAUCUACCGAGAUAAGUUAUGUAUUUAUAGUCAGUAAUUCUUCUGUUCUUUUUUAUUUUCAGAACUUCUAUAUUAGCUUUGGAAGAUGAAAAAAGUAACUGAAAUGUGUAUUAUGCAAGUGAUGCUGUAGCUCUUUGUAAAAUGAUACAUUGCUGUACAAAGAAUCAUAUCCUGUAUCAGAAGUGAUUUGGAACUUAUGUGUGUAAUAGUUUUAACAUAUAUGUUUGUACAUAAUUCUGGCACUGUUUUACAUGUAAAACAUUUAUAUAAUAUGGUAAAGAAGUUUGGUAUGCAUUAAAUAACUAUUGAAGCUUUCUUUUGCUAAUGUAUGAUAAAAUAAAUAUUUUUGCAAUUUUUA